AUGAGCAAUACUACUUAUCCUGAAUCCAACGAAAUGUCUGAGUACGCCAACUUCCCAUCUACUCAUAAGGCGCUUAAAACUAUUUUUUCGCAAGCUUCCAACCAAGAAAUUGCAACGUAUGAGAGGCAACUUGAUAAUGUGGAAAAUCUCGACCCUGUUCUUAUCAUUUCUCCAAAUCAAGUAUGGAUCAAUCAGCAUGGUUUGCUGGCUUAUCGUGCAGUUAUGGAUGCUUUUGCGACGGAUGGUCUUCGAAAUAGGCGUAGAGAUGAGAAUUCACGCUGUGUCUUCCACUUCGCAACCGUCACUGAACUCUACACCACACGCAGAAAUAUUUACAGUCUUUUCCCCAAUGCCUUUUUCGUUCCCCUCUCCAUCCAAGCCCAACUUCCCAAUGCCCAACAACAGCCCGUUGGAACGGCAUGGAUACUAACAAAAGUAGGGAUACGCAAAAGCGAUUUCGGGGAAGAUGAUAGGUUCUUUUGUAUAGGAUAA